GAACACGGCAAUCGACUCUUGUUUGGUAGCCUCGGGUCUCAGUGUGGUAAAGCGGUAAUCCUGUCAAAAAACAGGUCGAAGUUUAUUAUCUGCUGCUCAAUACCAGACACAGGAACACCAGGACAUAGAGGGCCCCUCCAGAUACAUAGAAUGAGAGAGAGAGAGAAAAAGGGAAACUUUUUGCCCUAGUUGGGACAUCGGGUCAGUUUUUUUUGGUUCUGUUAUGAAUUAAGGCACUGGGUUGGCACAGUUCAACAGUUACUUGUGGAUACGUUUAAGUUCACCUCUAGUUGGUGACAUCUCGACACGCCUGACUACAAAAUAAAGACUUCUCAAAAUCAAGUCAGUAGCCCUGCACUCGACAGUGGGACAAUACAGUACUGGACUGUGGUGGAUUAUUACCUCACUGUGGUUCGACGUUUGUUCCUGUGAUGGGGAAGACUGGCCAGAGCACGGUGGACCUCAACUCACCCUCAGACGUGAAGCAGGCAGUCCCGUUUGAGGACCUGGAUCACAACAGUGUUCCUGCAGAAGAAGAGAAGGAGAAUAAAGUACCAGAUAGAGGAUCUUGGAAGGGAAAAUUUGACUUUCUACUGUCCUGCGUUGGAUAUGCCAUUGGGCUGGGAAAUGUGUGGAGAUUCCCUUAUCUGUGUGGAAAGAAUGGUGGAGGAGCUUUUCUCAUCCCAUACUUCACUACUCUGGUCUUUGCUGGUAUCCCACUGUUUCUGCUGGAGACGGCAUUAGGACAAUACAUGUCAGUGGGGGGGCUUGGAGUAUGGAAAUUAAUACCCAUGAUGAAAGGUGUGGGUCUAGCUGCUGUGGUUUUGUCCUUCUGGCUUAACAUCUAUUACAUCGUCAUCAUCGCCUGGGCUCUCUAUUACCUCUUCAGCUCUUUCAAAGCAGAGUUACCAUGGCAGACGUGUGAUAACCCUUGGAACACUGAUCGCUGCUUUUCCAACUACAGUCUGAUGGACACCACCAACCUGACCAGUGCCGUCACUGAGUUCUGGGAGAGGAACAUGCAUCAGCUAACAAACGGUUUGGAGGAACCAGGGGAAUUGCGCUGGCCGUUGGUUGGAACGCUAGCGUUGUCUUGGAUUCUUGUCUAUUUCUCAAUCUGGAAAGGAGUGGAGUGGACAGGGAAGGUGGUCUAUUUUUCCGCCACGUAUCCUUACUUCAUGCUCUUUAUUCUGUUUUUCCGUGGAGUCACUCUCCCUGGAGCGAUAGAUGGCGUCCUCUUCUACGUCACCCCAGACUUCAACAAACUUUUGAAAUCUGAGGUGUGGUUGGAUGCUGCCACGCAGAUCUUCUUCUCUUAUGGUCUUGGUUUAGGUUCUCUUAUUGCUCUUGGUAGCUACAACUCAUACAACAAUAACGUCUACAGAGAUUCUGUCAUCGUGUGCUGUAUAAACUCCUGCACCAGUAUGUUUGCUGGGAUCGUCAUAUUUUCCAUUGUGGGCUUCAUGUCGUACAUCACAAAGAGACCCAUUGAAGAACUGGCUGCUUCAGGUCCCGGUUUGGCAUUUCUGGCCUAUCCACAAGCUGUUACACAGCUUCCCAUGUCUUCUCUCUGGGCUAUUCUUUUCUUCUCAAUGCUCAUGAUGCUGGGAUUGGACAGUCAGUUUUGUACAGUGGAAGGCUUCAUAACUGCUCUAAUGGAUGAAUAUCCCACAGUCCUGAGGAAGAGAAAGAAACUCUUCAUCCUCAUGGUCUGUAUUAUAUCCUUCAUCAUCGGUUUCUCCAACAUCACCCAGGGCGGUUUAUAUGUAUUCAAAUUGUUUGACUACUACUCGGCCAGUGGAAUGUGUCUCCUGUACCUGGUCUUUUUUGAGACAAUUUCCAUUUCCUGGUUUUACGGUGCAGAGAGAUUCUAUAAAAAUAUCGAAGACAUGAUUGGUUAUCGGCCUUGUGGCUUUUGGAAAUAUUGCUGGACUUACUUUACUCCGAUAAUCUGUUUGGGUGUUUUCACUUUCAGUGCCAUAGAAAUGACUCCUCUGACACUAGGGAAGUAUGUGUACCCGACCUGGGGUCAGGGCAUCGGCUGGCUAAUGUCCCUCUCUUCCAUGGUUUUGAUACCCGCAUAUAUCAUAUAUAUGUUCUUUACUACCAAAGGCAGCAUCCGACAGCGUUGGCAUAAGAUGACCAAACCCACAGAACUCACAACAUCGGAAAUCAAUGAUUCCACACAACAAUCCACACGCAUAGGAAGUACAGAUGAAGCUUCUGUCUGAAAUCAUCUUUUCUGUGCAAUGGCCAUUAAAGACCAGUGGCUAAGUAUAUUUUCCUCCGUUCCAUUCUUUUUGUCUGUUGGAGAGCCUAUAACAGUUGGAAGUGGACUACGUACAUGUUCAUCGGUUUUCUCCCAUUUGAUUUUAUUUCAUGCCUCUCUGAUCUUGCAUCACGUAAUGUGAGGGGCCUGCAGUACCUGUAUCUGUCUUCAGUGGAGAAAGCAAUUUCAGUCACAGCAACAAUUGCAGUGAUCAGUAUAAAUGUAAAUGCAACCCAGGCAGUUGGAGAUCUACAUAACUGUUGCAUUCCUGUUCUAUAUUAGAUUUCUCCCAGAAUUUAACUCAAGCUAGGGAGUGAACGGUUGUGUUUAGUAGUCUGUUUCUGGUCACAAUUUAUUUAAUAAAAUUAACUACAGGAAAUCUUAUCCAUUUAAAAAAAAAAUAAUAAUAAUAAUUCUGCAUUAAGAUUUUAGAUUAAAGGUCCCGUUCUUCGUGAUCCCAUGUUUCAAACUUUAGUUAGUGUGUAAUGUUGUUGUUAGAGUAUAAAAAAUUCUAAAGCUCAGAGUUAAAUGCCAAGCGAGUAUUUAUUUAACAGAAUUCGCCUACUACGAAAGACCCAUUUGGGCUACACCCCUCUAGUUCCUGCAGUAAUGAUGUCACUAAAACAGUUUUUAUGACUAACCUUCGCCCCCAGAAUACACAAAAAAGGGGGCGUGGUCUUGUUGCGCUCGCACGGAGAAGAGGAAGAGUUGCGUUUGUAGAGUAAGGCACCGAACCCCCAACUGCUCCCCGGGUGCCACAGCAUAAAUGGCUGCCCACUGCUCCGGUUGUGUGUUCACUGUGUGUGUGUGCACUUUGGAUGGGUUAAAAGCAGAGCACGAAUUCCUAGUAUGGGUCACCAUACUUGGCUGUAUGUCACGUCACUUUCACUUAACUUUAAUAAUUGUUUUUAAAUAAAAAAAAUUAAACAACACCAUUAUUAAUUCAACAGACUGACAAAACCAUAUACCACACAUAAACUUUUAUAACAGUUUGUAACAUUCAACAUUACAAUUUAACCAAUUCAAGCUAACAGCCAAACGUAAAAGUAUGACAACUACUAAAUAAACAGCUUACCAUUGUGAAACAUCCUACAAAAGUUGUGCUUGCACAGGUUUCAUACUCGAUCCUCUUCAUCUAUGUACUCCGGGUCUGAUUCCGGCUCAAACUGAUUGGGUAAAAUUAAAGACAUGUUUACAAUAACACUGAGCGCAUGCAUCUGCAUGUUAUGGUAAGAGGCGUGACCUUUCCAGGCAACGUGCGCUAAGCUGCUGUCGAAUCACAACACAGGAACUGCUGGCCCAAUCAGAACUCGUUACGUAUUUCUGAAGGAGGGACUUCAUAGAACAAGGAAGUCAUCAGCCCGUUUUUAUGACAGUGAAAACAGCAGUAUACAGAUAAGAAAAUUGUGUGAAAAUUUUGUUUGUUUUUUAACACUCGAAACAUGAACACAUCUUAUAUUGCACACUGUAGACACAAUCAAAGCUUAAACCCCCCCACCCCGAAAACCGGGACCUUUAAUCAAUAAUAUGAAUGUGUAAGCAUAUAUGUUUAUGGCAUAUAUUUUUAAACAUUUUUUUUUUUUCACAAUUUUAAUCACCUUUUGCCUUUACUAGCUCAUUUUAUAUGGCCCUGUGUUCUCACAAAUGUUACAUUACAACUAUUAAAGUCUUUGAAAUAAUAUGAUGUGAUAAAGAAUCAUGCAUAAUAAUCAUAGAUGACUUAGAAAAGUUAUAUUUAAACUAGAUUUAGAUUUUUGUAUGUUAAACUGUAACAUUUAUCAGCUUCAAAAAAGUAAGUGGUUAAAGGGAUACUCCACCCCAAAAUGAAAAUGUUGUCAUAACCAUUCCAAACCUGUAAAAGCUUCAUUCAUCUUUAGAACACAAUUUAAGAUAUUUUGGAUGAAAACCGGGAGGCUUGUGACUGUCCCAUAGACUGCCAAGUAAAUUUAAGGUCCAGAAAAGUAUGAAAAUCUGCCAUCAGUGUUUUAACCGUAACGUUAUGAAGGGAUGAGAAUACUGUUUGUAAGUGAAGAAAACAAAAAUAACGACUUUAUUCAACAAUUCCUUUGUCAACAGUCUCCUCUCAUCCCUCAAACUGUUGUCAGCCGUGCCACAAGGAUGCGCUGUUUCUACAUGUAUUUAUGCUUUGAUUUGAAAGAAAACAGCGCAUCCUUGUGCCGCGGCUGACACAGAAGACCUUAGGCAGUUUGAGUGAGGUGGAGAGAUCUAAAUGUCUUUUCUGUGAAAUCUGAGGUUCUUUGUUUUGUUCAUCAUUUGUGGGGUGCCAAUAUUGUUUUAAUCAAAUUGAAAACAAAAAGAUAGGUUAUUCAUACAUUGUUUUCCAUUUGCUACUGUAUAUUGAAGUUCACAAUUUACAUUACAGUAUUCAUGUUAACUAAGUGAUGCUAAUGGACAUAACUCUUUAUAAGCAUGCCUGUAAAUACAUGUUGUUAGUAUAUUUUAAAUAUUCUAAUUAAUUGUAUUUACAUGUAGUAUGUGUGGCAUAUUAUAUAACCAACAGUGUGUUACAGCGGACAACGUAUUUAAUUUGAAAUAAUUGAAUACACGGCUAUGGGAAAUAGAACAGUCUUUAAAAUCCAUUCAACUCUUAAUGAUUCAGUCAACAGUGUGUUUUUGCAUUUUUUUUUUUUGUAACACUUGAGCAAAAUUAGACAUGACUUUGAAGGCCUGACAACAUGUUUAUUUAUUUAUUAUUUCUAAUGUGUUUACUUUUUUUCCCUGUUGAAACAGGAAGUUGAGAUGAGACAUAUCGAAGGGCUCAUCGCUUUCAUAGACAUGAAUUAAAAUAUUUGAAUUAUUGCCUCUCUAACUUCAUUUUUUUAACUUUGUUUCUUCAUAGCCUUUUUUCAAUUUGCAUCAAAUUAAAUAUGCCAUAUGUUCCAAAUGUUUUUGUGAAGUGUUACCAAAGCUAUAAAGAGAACUCUUAUUUUGAUGAUUGUACUGUAUGUUUUUAUCCUCACUAGAUUUUUUGUUGCUUGGUUUCAAAUAAAAUAAAGGCAAAAUCUGAACUAA